UGGGAGAGUGGCUGGGUGCAGGCAAACACCUCCUACAAGUCCUUCAGCCCUGUCCAGGUGAACGCGGACAUCGGGCUGCACAUCGGCCUGGCCGGGGUGAACGUCACGCUCAGGGGAAACCCGGUGCAGCAGAUCAACGAGACCAUCGACUACAACGAGCACUUUCCCUGGAGCUUUGGGGCGGAUUACGACCACAGCUACAGCCAGGGGCUGCACAAGGGGCUGCCCAGCCCCAUCCUGUACGUGGCAGAGAAGUUCAGCUCGCAGAGCCCCUGCGCUGUGCACAGGCAGUACCGCAUCGCCGGCCACUACGCCUCAGCCGUGCUCUGGUGA